AUGGCCUUAGCAGCGCUCUUGGCAUUGCUGAUCAGUCUUUGCAUUGUUCUGACCCCCGUAGCCGUCCUUGUGAGUGCUUGCAUCUAUCUCUGGCAACUUCGAUGGAAUGGAAAGAGAGACAAGAACUGUCAGCUCCCUCUCCCUCCAGGAUCUAUGGGGUUUCCAAUAGUUGGUGAAACAUUUCAUUGGCUCCUGCAGGGCUCCAGUUUCCAUGCCUCCAGAAGGAAACGGCAUGGGAAUGUGUUCAAGACCCACUUGCUUGGUCGCCCAGUGGUACGUGUCACUGGUGCAGAGCAUCUACGUCGGUUGCUGUUGGAAGAACACAAUUUGGUUGGGGUCAGUUGGCCACAGAGUGUCCAAGUGAUCCUGGGCUCCAGCAGCCUGGCAAACGCCAUUGGAGACAUCCACCAACACAAGAGAAAGGUCUAUGCACAGCUUUUCAGCCAUUCUGCUUUAGAGAGUUACCUGCCACGAAUCAGGCAGGUGGUGAUGGAGACAGUGAGAGAGUGGUGUGCCAGGGAAGGACCUAUCAGUGUUUAUCCUGAAAGCAGGAAGCUCACCUUCUGGAUAGCUGUGUCUGUUCUGCUGGGAUCCUCACCGGGUGAGGAGAAGAUGAUUGAUCUACUCACCACCUUUGAGCAACUUACGAAAAACAUGUUCUCCUUGCCCCUGGAUAUCCCGGGGUCCGGUUACAGAAAGGGUAUACAAGCUCGGGACAGGUUGCAUGAAUAUUUUGGGAAGGUCAUUGAAGAUAUGCUCCAGUCUGAUGCUGAACAUUCAACAGCACUUGGCAUUCUGAUACAGAGCAGCAAAGACCAUGGGAUGGGUAUGAGCAUGCAGGAACUGAAGGAGGCAAUGGUGGAACUGAUGUUUGCUGCAUGUGCUACAACAGCCAGUGCGUGUACCUCCCUUGUCCUGCAGCUACUGAAGAAUCCAGAGGUCCUUACCAAGUUGAGGACGGAUCUGCAGAUCAAAGGAUUCCAGUCUGGAAGCGCAGCACCACUGCGUCUGAGUGACUUCUGUCAUUUACGGUACCUGGACAAUGUCAUCAAGGAAGUGCUGAGGCUACAGCCCCCUGUGUCAGGGGGAUAUCGGGUGGCACUGCAGACCUUUGAGCUGGGAGGCUGGCAGAUUCCCAAAGGAUGGAGUGUCAUGUACAGCAUUCAAGACACACAUAACACCGCCCCUAUAUUUCAACAGCCCGAAAUAUUCGAUCCGGACAGAUUUGCUAAUGAUCUAACAAAGGGCAAGGAGGCGCGCUUUCACUAUUUGCCGUUUGGUGGAGGUGUUCGACGUUGUCUUGGCAAAGAGCUUGCCAAACUCAUCCUCAAAGUCUUUGCCAUUGAGUUAGCCACUGGCAGCCACUGGCAGCUGGCCACUCGAACACUCCCCAAGAUGCUGAUGGUGCCAGUGGCUCACCCGAGCGAUGGGCUGAAAGUGCAGUUUUCGGCUCAGCACUGUAACAACACAUCAGGUGCUGAGGUUCAUUUGGAAUAG